AUGAGUUUUAAAGCUACAGAUACCGUUCCGUUCCUCCGGCAGCCCGUUUCAUUCCGUUCACCCAACACGUUUCGGUUACUAACUGAAGCUGCUUCAUUCUACGAGUCUUACUUAAGUGGCCAGUUCUCAGUUCCUCCGCCUUCGGUGCCUAACCAGCUGAAGCUCGUUAACCAACCAAGUCAUUCCCAUGUUUCGGCCGACGAUACUCCACUGUUGGCAGUUAAUGCCAACGUUGCCGAGUCCGAAACCGAACCGCCUCCGGUUCUCGACGGAAUCGCCGCCGUAGUGGGGGAACACGUUCUGUUCGGAGGCAAAAAGGCUGCUAACAACGAAGUCAACACCGAGAACACCCAAGUUUCCGAUUUCGUCAACCUCUCGCUGCGUUUUGGCGGUUCCGAAACUUCGAAAACAGCCGCCGAUAAGGACAUGGGAAACGUUUCGGUGCAGAAGAACUACAGGGGAGUGAGGAAGAGACCGUGGGGAAGGUUUUCGGCGGAGAUAAGGGACCGUAUCGGGAGAUGCAGACACUGGCUGGGGACUUUCGACACGGCCGAGGAGGCGGCACGUGCGUACGACUCGGCGGCAAGGAGGCUGAGAGGGGCAAAAGCUCAGACCAACUUUCAAAUCCCAUCGGUGUUUCCAGUCUCGUAUGACUCGGCUUCUUCAUCAGCUUCUGUUAAUAAUAAUGCGGCGGAGAAAAAGAGAAAAGUGAGUAGAAGUCGCGGAGCUAAACCCAAAUCUGUGAGGGAGACCAAUUCAGUGGUGGUAACUUCAGUGGCUCAACUGUUUAGUCAGACUCCAAUUCCCAGAACUUCUGUUAUUGGGAAUCGGAAUCCGAAUCUGGAGCUUGAUUUGAAGCUGGGCAUGAACUUUGGUUGCAGAGGAAGCUAG